AUGUCAUCCACUGCUUGUCGCUCAACGUCCAAGGUCACCAAGACCCGGGCACCUAAGAAGGCUGCACAGAACAAGAAGAUCCCCCGCAAGAUGAAAGACAUGAUGGAUUCCAACGCGGUAUGGGGCCAAAGAUGGUUCCGCAAUGUGGACCAUGCCAACGGCGGUGAACAAGGGGAGCUUGAUCUUGGAUCUACAUCUACCUCCUCGGCUCCCACUAUCUCCAAGUCGCCUUCACCAGACGCCAUAGCAGUGACCGAUCAUACGACCUCUAUGGUUGCACGUUCUACAACCACCGUGUCGGCACCGGUCGACGCCGCCCCCCUUCACCACAAUCUAUUUUCACCCACCGAUCGUCACGUAACUAAUAACCAAGGGAAUACAAACAUGUAUCCUACAAAUUUACCAUGGGACGCAACGAACCCUUCCGACGACUACUCUACAUCGUACAAUCUAUUUGCCGCUCCCUAUCAGACGGAGCAGCCAUACCCUGACCACACGACAGAACAUCAACAUAACAACCAACCAUAUUCAUUCUCAACUUAUGAUCUCUACUCAUACCCAGUUUAUCCUACUGCUCCGUCUCCGAUUGCACCCUCCUCCCCUGCCUCGAGCGAAGGCUGGUCCUUGUCCCCCAUUCGCCCCCUUCACGAAGUCGAGCCCAUUACCUAUGGCAACGUCGUGUCUGGGCUUUCGGCUUACCCUCCAUCAAGUACGCCAUCAAGUCUCCUUACUAUACCCCAACCGCAAUACCACGGAGCAUCAUACCCAUCUGCUAUUCACGGUCAGACUUCGGCUGCGGUCCCUCAGCACAUCCACCCCGGAUCUGCGCGCGCAGAUAUGUCAGACUACUACCACAUGCAGCAACCCUCACAUUCAGAUCAAAUGACAGGCUAUCAGCACUUCGAUUCGUCGGUACAUCGGCGGCACGUAUCUCCUGCCGCUCACAGCCGCCCUGUGGGACUAACUCCCACUUCUAAUCAUCACACCGUGGUUCAUUCGACCCAUCCGCGACUCCACGGCGCUUCGCCUAAUCCGUAUUCGUACCCUCCACCACAAUACUCUCCUUCCACGGGGCCUGGAGACCGUUUUGACAGCAGCUAUGUUCAGUUCUAA